ACUGCCAACUCUUUCUUUGAUGUUGUGUAUGCAGAACUUAGGUUACGGGGAGGUUUUGAUUUGUGUAUAAAGAUGUUAAUUAAUCGAUUGGUUUUGCUGAUCACAUGUCUAUUAUGCAUCAUAGCAGUGUUAGUAAUUUAGUAAUUAGUAUCGGGCGAAAAAAAGUGAGAAAUGGAUUUGGGUUUUCUUAAGAUGAAAGGUCUGUCAAAAAAAGUGUUUUUAAGAAAUAAGAUGGACUGCAAGUUUGGUAUUUUUUCUUUUUUACCCUUUUUUUGAAUGUUGAAGAACCUAUGAUUCCUGGAUUGAGAAGCAUAAUGCACAAGACUGUUUUAAUGGUGACUUUAUGCUUAGGAAAGGAAUUGAAGAUGCCAAAACCUUUCCCACCAAUUACACCCAACUCCCCCCAACUGCCUCUCUAUUCUGUUUUAUUUCCUCACCUCGUACACAACUUGUGUUCUAAACCUCAAUAAAACCGCCCGGGAAGCCAUUUGAGGUUCCCCCGAAUGUUGUCUCUCCCGGUCCCGUGUCCUCCUCCUAUCAAUGCCAAAGCCAGUUCUCGGGCCUGAGCGACGCACCAACCCCUUGAUAUGGUGCGCCGCGAUAAUAUGCACCUUGCUAACUCUUGCCGUGAUCUUUACAGGUAUCGCGGUGUUCAUCGGCUACAUGGUGGUGAAGCCAAAGGUGCCUCAGAUGAGCAUCGCGAGCGCCCAGCUCGAGAGGAUCUCGUACGACAUGGCCAGCGUCUUGACCGUGAAGGCCGCCAUUGUGAUCAAGGCGGAGAACGGCAACGCCAAGGCCCACUCCAGCUUCUACCACACGCACUACACCCUCAGCUUCCACGGCGUCAAGGUCGCCUACUUGAUCGCCAACGACUUCGACGUCCCCAAGAACAGCUCCCUCGACCUCUACUACCCCGUCGAGUCCACCCCCAUCCCCCUCACGCCCGAGCAAGCCGACACCGCCGAGUCCGCGCUGCGCCAGCGCCACGUCGUGUUCGACAUCCAAGGAGAGACCGGGACUCGAUGGAGAGUGUGGCUUCUUGGCUCUGUCAAGUUCAGGCUCCACCUUGAUUGCCAGCUCAAACUUCCCAUCAAUGGAACCAUCAUUUACCCUAAUUGUAGCACAAGAUCUAGGUAGACUUUUAUUUUAGAUUUUCUUUAUCCUUAAUUCCCUUAAUUGCAACAUCAUAUAUAGAAAUAAUUACUAAUACUUUAGCAAUUUUCAACAUCCUUUGCAUUUAUCAUUUUUUUUUUCUGUCUAGCAAUUAUCAAUCUCCUCAGUCCUCACCAUUACAACAUUCCAA